AAAAAAUGGCGGGAUGCAGCGCUCACCAAGGGCAAGACAGAGAAAUUGUACAAAUUCUCAAAGACGUUUCUUCUGUCACGGAGGUUGAAAAUAGGUAUCAGUGCAUUAAAAUUCAAGAUAUACAGCAAGGAAUAGAUUUUUCUGCAUGCUUUGUCAAAGGUGUAUUAACUGCUGUCAAACCAAGUUUUCGAACAUCAAGAGGUUGGAUAAUGAAAGUGUCUAUCAAAGAUGUUGAUGUUCACAACCAUUCAGGCUCCUCUAAUGAUUCCAAUCUGCAAGAUGUUAUCUCAAUUUUCUUGAAAGGAAACUUUGUUGAGAAGUGCAAGAUAGUAAAAGAAGGGGAUAUCCUUAUGAUAACAGGAGCACAUGUUGAAAAGUCAUCCAGAGAUGGACAUCAGUUUAAUAUUAUUGCAGAUGAAAGCAAUGAAGCUCUCAAAAUGUGGAUAAUGCAAGAUCCAGAAAAAAUAAAUAAUUCUAGAACAAUUGCCAGUGUUGGUGAAUCAGUUGUGCAGAAACCUUUACCUGUAGAAUAUGAGACUACAGCACAUAGUACAGGCAAAGUUGGUAUCACUGAACCACCAAGCAAAAGAAGCAAAGUCAUCUUAGAACCUAAAGCUAUGGUUUACACAAAGCUAGCAGACUUAAAAGCCAACACCAUUGUUAAUGUGUACGGUGUGGUGAAGUUUUUCAAGAGUCCCUUCAAGACCAGAGGAUCUGAUAUUGUGUGUACCUUGAGCCUUACUGACCCUUCACUCGAUUCACUGGAAAAAGGUUUUAAGUUGGUGCUCUUUUCCAAGUCGAAAGAAAUGUUGCCACUGGUUAAGUCAGUAGGAGACAUUAUACGCUUCCAUCACAUUGCUGUUGGAGUGUUUAAAGGAGAGUUGCAAGGGAAAUUGCUGCCACAAUCCUCCUGGCAUGUGUUUGAGAUAGAUAGCUUGGAUACAUCCCAGCCUAGAGUAUCUUCCUCCAAGUCAUACAAUAUGACAGACCACGAAAAAGAUAUCAUUGAAGAGUUAAAAUUGUGGGCUUCACAAAAGGAAUCUCUCAACAAAAAAUUUGCCAUUACUAACUUAAAAGAUCUAAGUAUAAGCCAAACAUUUAUAAACCUGCAUUGCCAAGUUGUGUCAAAAUGUUACACCAUGUCAAGCAAUGGCAUUGUACUGACAUUAUGGGAUGGAUCACUUCCUGCCUGUCAGUCAAUUCAGGUUGAACCAAUUGAUGAACAGGGGCAGCUAACCUCUGAUGAGCUUGUGAAAAAGUCUGCUAACAGAUGUGUGGAGGUGUUUCUUUAUGACGACCACAUGGAGGGUGAUGUGAAAAAUGUCUGUCCUGGUGACUUUGUUUGUAUUAGAAAUGUUCAUCUUAAGGAAGAGAAUAACAAUUCCAGUUUGAGAGCAGAUGAACCUAAGUCAGUGCAAUCACGUCCUCAAGUAAGCCUGAUAGUUCACAGAGGUACAAUAUGCGGGCGAGGUGUAGAACUCCUGUCACCAAGUGAUCCUGUGGUUUCUUUAAGCACAACAGUGAAGUUAAUCUCAGAAGCAGAACCUUUGGUGUGGCAACAAGAAGUACAGUCCCAUGUAAUGGAGAGUAAAGGCAUGGAUACUGAUAACAGAUCUUCAACAGCUGGUGUUAUACCGGGAGAGAGUUGCAAUGCUGUAGAUGAAGGCCAUCAAAACCAUGUGGUCACAAAAGAAGUCAACCGUGCUCUUCAAACAUCAUGCACCAUAACUGAACAUCCCUGCAUUCCUUUCACUUCUUUAAAGGACAUCAAGGCAUGUUCUACCGUACCUUACAAGUUCCGCUGCAGGGUUAAAGCAGUAGUGUAUUUGCCAUCUGAUGUGAAGAAAUUCAUACAAAGAUCAUGUCAGUCUUGCAAAUACUUACUUGCAAAGAGUUCUUGGAGUGCGGUAGAUUUAUCUGCCCCUGUGUUGUGCCCCCAGUGUCACCAAGAGACAAGCAUUGUGUAUUUGUUUUCCUUUGUUCUCGAGGAUGAAUCUGGCCUUCUUCAUGCAAUGGUCUUCGACAAGGAUGUCGUUAGCUUCUUUCCUGAACUUCCAUCACCUGAAGAUUUCUUAGGCCAACCUGAUCUUCAGGAAACUGUAUGCGAGUGGAUGAUAUCUAUGACACAGAAUCCAGAGAAUUCCAUUGAAUUUGUUAACCAAGAUCCAGGGGGCAACAAGAGGCCAUGGCUAGAACUUUGUAUUUUGUCAUAUUUCCCUAAUGCAAACCAAGAUUGUGGAAAGGUGUUGUACAGAGUGUUUGAUUCCACAUUUGUCACUGACAAUGUUUGAAUUAAAUGAAGUUGUUUGAAUUAAAAUAAUGUGCAAUUUUGGCUCCCACAAUAUAGCAGUUUCUUGUAAAACUUUUUUUGUUACAUACAGUCGAACCUCGAUUAUCCGUACC